AACGUCACUUUGCGAAUUUUUAUUCUUCUUCCUUCUCCUUUAACCUAUCAGCCGCCACCGUAAACCAAACACGCCGCGAAUAGGUACCCUCUGCACCGCCGCAAACGCGCCUAUUUGUGCAGCAAUCAGUUACUAAGGCAUCGCAGUAUCACCUCAAACCUCCCACUCUUCACUAUUUUACACGGCUUAUCCCUCCCUCCGGUACAUCGUCAAACCACCUCCGCCGGAAACGUCACUUAUCCCCGUGUGCAUCCCGUCCCCAUUCAGAUGGAAGCAGCAUUGUUAGGGUUCAAAGAAGUCCCCGAUUUGGAAGACGAUGCCAAAUCAUCACAUUCUCGAAAACUAGUUCCUUGGUUGAACUGGAACGAGUGGCUUUUCGUUAGAGAUGCUCUCUUCUCUGAUUCUCACCAAUCUCUCUCCUCUGCUCUUAAACGAAUUUCUUCAUGGCGAAGUCGAGGUUCAUUGCCGGUUCUCAUUGAUGUUACUGCUUCCAUUGUUGAAAUUCAGCACAUGGACCCGUUUUUUAGACAGGAUCAGUUGAAUGACGGAGCUGGUUCUGUCUCAGAGGAGGUUCUCGCCAAUCUGUAUUGCAUGGCAAUCGUGAGACUUGUGAAUGGUGCUGUUGAGAAAACGCGGAAGAAAGAACUGGUGUCAAUAGCUGUGGCUGCUGAGGAAAUUGGCAUUCCACGCAUGCUGAUUGAUAUUCGUCACGAGGGAUCACAUCGUGAGCUUCCGUCGCUUAAGGUUGUUCGUAGUGCCUCCACUAAGGCGCUUGAUUGGUUAAAAUCUUAUUAUUGGGAACCUCAGAGCAAAGCAAUUCCUUUUCAAGGUGAAGGAAAUGCGAACGUCAAAAAGGAAAUCAAGUCUUGGAUUCGUGAAUUAGCUAUCUGCUUGAAAGUCAGUGGGAGUCCCAAGUCCAGUGCCUCACUGCCCAAAGGAAAACGACCCAAGAAACAGAUUACAAAGAUCUUGAAAUCUGUUCUACGGUUGUAUUCCUCCUUCUCCUCAGAGAUUGUGUCGGUGUUGCUGAAUUAUUUGUUGAAAAGUUUAAGUUCCUCUGAGUUCAAAAAGAAUGUAGAUGAUGCUUGUAUUGGUCCCGCCAUAGAGAAUGUUUUGGCUGAUUGGAAGCCUAUCAUCCUCAAAUUGUAUAAUAAGGAGCCAGAAUUACUUCUGAACCUCCUUAAGGAAGUUCUUCAUAUGAUUGAAACUCAGGCAGAUAUUAAGUGUGGAGAAGAUUACCCAAGUAUUGGGAUUUCACACUCAAGGGAAGAGUUUCAUCGAAGUUCUUAUCUUUCUUCUUUGUUUGCAUGGCUUGUUCGAAUUUUCUGCAAAAAACCUUCCGCAGCAGCAAAUAUGCCAAAGACUGUUUUGCACGAACUUGUUCGUAAAUGUCUUCUAAUAUCACAUCUUUGCAACAAGAAGGUUACAGAUUCAGCCCUUCACCUCGCAGAACUGAUGGAUGAUAUAUCUUUGUUGAAGAAAGUUCAAUUGCUCUCCGGUCUUGCUUUGUCCAACGUUUUUGACAAUGCAGAUGAUCAAAGCUCUUUAUUGACUUUGACAAAUAUUUCUCAUUUCGAGGAAUCCAUACGGGAAGCAAAUAAAAAGCUUGAGUUAGUUAAACAGGUUGUGAGAAAUAAAAAGUCAAGUGAAAUAGAUUGCCAGACUGAAGAAUCACCGGUAUGGACUGUGGCGAAGUCAUGGAACCCAUGCCCGAUUGGCAUGUUGCCUCGUGCUGUUGGUUCAUCUGGUUGUCUUCCCGUUCUUGAUGUUAUCAAUAAUGAAAACGUUCUUGAAGUUAUCGAUAACGGAAAGCAAAAUCAAGUAUCAGGUAGGAAAGAUAAUUGGAGAUUAAUCAAACACGGUGCCAAGCGAGAUGCCCCUUCAGACCUUCAGCUACUCGAUAAUUCAGCUGUUAAGAAGAUGAGGGAAACCGAAGAAUUUGGUGAAUUCAACGAUGAAUCUCCAAUGGAAGAAGAUGAAUUUCCAACAGAAGAGGCAAACGGAUACCUAAUGGUAGGUGGGAUCUGGAAGAGAAUAAAUGAGGAAGAGCUACUAGCCAUUCAGUCAUCUGUGAGAAUUUUAAUUUGAUUGAUAAUUAUUUCUUAGCUUAGUCCAUUUCAAGUUUUGAUUAUGAUGUCCACUUUAACAAUUCAUAAGCUUUUUUUCCCCUUAUACUUAAUUUAUUAGGUAGUGGUUAUAUUAUCAUUCAAUUUUGAUUAAAGGAUACAAUUGAAGUUUAUCAACAAAAGUUCAAUGUGAAUUGUUAAUUUAA